ACCCACUAACCGCCGAACGCAGGGCUCAAGCCUUGCCUAAUUGUGCUGGUGCCUACGUUAUAAGGAUAGGGAUAAGAAAGCCACUACAGGGGAAAUGUGGACGGGGUAAGGACGCUUUAUACUACAGGUAUCAUGGCUCUUUAAUAUGGUAUGAUAUCGCUGUGCCAAAUAAUCCGGAGCGUAAGACUGCUGUGGCAGAGGCGCUUUGCUGGUACCGGUCGUUCUCAUCUCGGUGCUGUUCAAUCGUGCCGGCGUAUCAUAGGCACUACCCACAGAGCCCGUAAGGCAGGAUGAUGAUAUAAACGCAUGGUUUCGGCUGUCAAUGCGCAACCCGCAGGCUAGACUGCGAGAGCUAUAAAACUUGCAAUGGCCACGUUAAGAGAGGAGCUGGUGUCCGUUCGGGAUAAAACCCAUGCUCAAGGCUACGUGGCUUCCCAGACGCCGUCUCCGGCGAGAUUCUCGCCGAGACCGAGAGCGUAGAGAAGUUCCGAAUGGACACGCUUCAGCUUCUCGUGAGCCCCAUCAGCGUUCUCGACUCUGAGACUAGUAUCCAGCAAGCUCGCUCUGCACAGAACCUCACGCUGCUAGCGGCCGUGUAUGUCCCGCUAAGCUUCGUGACGCGUAUUUUCGGCACGAACGUUCGGGAGAUAAGAGUCGCCGGUAUCAGGGUGGGUGUGCGUAGUGACAUUGGAGAUGACAGUUGCGUUCACAGCCGGCAUGUUCCUGGCUUAUAACGCACGGGAGAAACACUCUCACGAGAUGGACGACAAGACAAAGUGGUCUUGGGAGGAAAGAGACAAUGGCAGCGACGGUAUGGCCAACUCACCCUGUUUUCCAUAGAACCAUCCUUUAUGGCAGCGGGAAUCAGCAGCGAAAUCAAUACAUAUCAAAUGGAACCACUCGACCGCACGACACGUAUAUUUUCUCCUAUCUACCCUCCUCCGGCGGGCGCACGCGGGGGCGCGCGCGACAGCUCUCGACGAAGGCGAGGACCUCGGUGUUAAAGCGGUCGGGCUCCUCGUAGAACAUCCAGUGGCCGGAGCCGAACAGGACGAGGCGGGCGCGGCCGGCUCCGCUCGCGUGCUCGACGCGCGCGGCGACCUCGCGCAUCCCCGCGAGCGGGAAGCAGCCGGUGCGGCGGCCGGCCAGGACCAGGGCCGGCGCGGCGAGCGCCUCGAGCGCCUCGCGGUGGUCGUAGCGCGUGUGGUCGGCGAGCAGGCGCGCGAGCCACGCGCCGUCGCAGCGCGCGCUGAUCGCCGCGAAGAAGGCCGCGUCCGCGUCCGCGUCCGCGCCCGCCCCGUCGCCCGCCUCCGGCGCGUGCCGGUACCCCAGGCACGACGCCGCGAGCUCGCGCCC